AUGAAUUAUUCUCCCUCUGUAUCAGGCCGUUCACAGAUUGCAAAUCCGACAGAUUCUGCAUCGGAAAUUGCAGACCUGAAGGCUACCCUUCAAAGGAUGCAAGUAAAAAUGGCGGCUUUGGAAGGAUCUCCCUCACUGAAGCGCGGGUGGAAGGACACAAAUUUGUCUCGCUCCUUGAAAAGGAACUGGAAAGAGCCUGCUUUGGAUUCUAGCCCUGAGCGCUUUUCAGAAGAAGAAGCGCCCUCGAUUAUCAAGAGAGCUAGGAAAGAUGUUUCAACUCCCUUUGCUGCAAGGGAACCUCAGGCGCCUUCCAGAUCGCCCUCUCCUCCUUAUGAAGAGGAAAGAGAGGCGUCGACCAAGAAGAUCCAGUUAAAUCUACAGGAACAGUUAGCUUCUUUGGUGGGAGUCCUAUCCAAAGAACCUCCUCGUAGAAAGGACAACAAGUUGCCUAUCAAGAGGGACAAUGAAUGUAUUUUGCAGAUUAUAAUUGGUCGAAGCCCAAGUUGUGACCUACAUUUUGCAAGCCCUCACAUUUCUAGGCAGCAUUGUGAGAUUACCCGCCUUAGGCCUCAUGGAACUCUUAUUAUAAAAAAUCUGAGGCCCACAAAUGUUACAUAUGUAGAAACGUAUGAACUGCGAGAACCGUCGGACUUCAUUGAGUUGACAUGUGGAUCUUUAAUUGGUUUAGGAGUACCUCUUGGUGAAUCAAGAACCAAUGAAAAUUUUGUAUUUCUACGUUUAUGCCAAGAUCAGAGGGUUACCACCACUUCAUCUAAUCGGAGUCAGGAACAAAACAACACUUCUAACAUUACAGCAUCUGUUCCACAGUGCCCACAACAAAAUGACAGUUCUCAGUCAUUGCAAAAUGUAAAUAAAAGCGAUGAAGUGUUGAGUGUUCCCUCUCCGCCUAGCACCACUCAAGAAGGGAGUUCAUCGCUCAUUAAUCAGCACAGGAAGGCGAGACGUAGAUCUUACCAAACGGAGAUUUCUUCUCCUGCUUGCAUUCCAGAAAAUAGCAGUGGCAGUAAAAAUGAUGCUGUAGAUAUACCAAUGUUGGAAAAUGCAUCUGCACACCAAAAUUCAAAUACUCUUCUGAGACAAAAUGCUCUCGAUCACAGAGCUCUUUCAUCUCCUGGACAAUCAGGGAUGGCGAGUUUUGAUAAAACUAACUCUUUUUGUUUAGAUAAAACUAACUCCUUCUCAAGUAAUAAAGAUGAGAAUGCAAAGCCAGCAGAGAACAGAUUGUCCGGAGUCAAAGAAAGAAGGCACUCAUCAGAUGUCAGGCCAGCUACAAGUAUUUUUGAAACAGGUCCAAAAGCAUCAGUUCAAAGGCGUAUAUCAGUCGAGAGCAAAAGGGAAGGGCCAGAUCAAAUGCAGAGGAUGAAUUCCCAAACAAAGCAGUCAGGUUUUCAGGAAAAGCCAUUGAAUAUUGGAUUGCCUUAUGAGCAUACCAAGUUAGUAAACCAAGAUGCCUUAAAGUCUGUGAGCCAAGAGCACCCUUCAAAUUCAAAAUUGGUGACUGCAAUGGAGCACAGAGAAAACGGAGGGAUUGCUGGAGUUUCAAGGUUGGAUGAUCUCACGAUUCUACAGACAAAUACAGUAAAAGAUUCCAGAGGAUCUUUUGGUUUUACACCGUCUUUAUACUCGAUAAAUGAUGGAUCCCCAAAACUGCAGAAAGAUGUAUGUGAAAAGCCAAGAAUGUCCAAACUAUCACUUAGUAAUAGACAUCAGGUAGAAAAUAUUUAUUGCAGCCAUGAGGAUAUUGAGGAAAACAAACCAAGUCUGAUUAAUCAGAAGUCUCGGCAACCAGUAGAUGACAGUGCCGAUAGUUUGCUAGUUUGUAAGACAUCACUAUUCCCAGAAACUAUGGAAAAAAGUAACUCUCUAUCUAAUUUUGGCAAUGCAGUUUCUCCCUGCAGUAUUGAUUUAACACAGCCUGAUCCAGAUGAAAGGUUUAAAAGUUCUGUCGACGAAAAUCCCGAUCAAGUUUGCAUUUUGGAAGAAGAGGUUUGUGUAGAUUUGACAUUAGGCUCUAAGGAAAAAGCAAAUAUAAAAAGGAAAAGGAACCUGGACAAUGAUGAAAAUGAAGAGAAAGAAGAUGGAAAGAGAAGGAGAAGCAGUUGUGAAAAGAAAAGUGACAAAGACAAAGAGUCAGAAUUGGAUAUUUGUCUGCCAGUGUUAGAUAAGGACUGUCGGUCUGCUGUGGUGAAUAAACAGGUAAAAGGAAAAUUGCCCAGUCAGCAGUUACAAGGGAAUGAAAGGCCUGUUUCUAAUUCAGGUGCAGUUCAGAACCUUAAACCAGACCAGGGUAAAGGUAACAAAGGUAGAUCAAGCACAGUUUCUGUGCGAGAGAAGAGAUCUACAUUGGAAAAUGAAGUAGAACAAAAGAAUAAUUCAGAUAAGGUGCACAAAAUGCAAAAGUCCAGUUCAUUAGUAGUUUCAGAUAGUGAUGAUGAAUCUCAAGUCAUGCCUGUAAUUCAAGCUGGCAAGAGAAAGCACAGGUUUAUCAUAAGUUCGGAUAGUGAGAGCGACUCUGGUUGUGAGGAAGAGCGUACAAGUGGACUGAAGUUGAUUGAAGAAAACCUGGUAGGGAAGAAAUGUGUCAUUCCAUUACCGCGUAUCUUACCGGACAUUGUCAGAGCUAUUAGAAAAGGGAAAGCAAUUUUAGAUGAAAAAGAUGAGUUAAAGGUUGUGUCCUCAGAAACUGAAUUUGAAUCAAAAUCUGAAUCUGAUGCUGAUAUCUGUUUCUUGGAUGAGGAAGACGAUGAACUGCCAGAUUUAAGUUCGCCAAAAACUUCCAGGUUGUCAGGUCAGUCUAAAACCAAGUCCUAUGAAAGCAAAGAAAAGAAAAAAGGUUGUCAUCUUCAGGAGAAGAAAGGUAUUAAGCCAAGGGAAAAGUCAUCAGAAGAGAAUUCAAAAUUUUUGGAUAUUUCAGACAAAGGAUCUCAUAAGUACAGAGACAAAAGGAAAGGGAAGGAUUCAGAAAAGACAAGUAAUUAUGAUGGCAGUUCAUGUAAGAAAAGCAAGAGUGAUGGUAAGGAUAAAGGUAUUACCUCUGUCAGUACUGCAAAAGGACCUGUGACAUCUGUAGGAAAUUCUAAAGAAAAUGACAAAUGUAAAGUACGAUUAUUAAACUGCAGUAGUAGUGGUAGUGGCAAAGAUGCUCAUCACCAGGAUUCAGCAAAUGAAAAACUUGAAGAUGACAUUAGUCUAAGAAUUAAAAAGGAAAAAGUGGAGGAGGUUACAUCAGUUGUGGUCAAGAGAGAACCAGAGGAUAAUGAUUCAUCGAAUAAAACGGUGGUUGGAGAUGAUGAUGAUGAUGAUUGUGAUGAUGUUAUAUUUAUGUAUUCACAGAUAGAUGAAACAAUAUGGGUUUCCAGCGAUGAAGAGGAUACUCCAUCACAGGAAAAUGGCACAUUUGGUCCACUACCUCCAAGUCCUGACUUUGGCAUUGCCAGUUUAUUUGAUGAAGCGGGCUGUGAUAGUGGCGGUGAGGUAACCAAGAAAGCUGAGCCCAAUUUAUCUUCAGCUGUCCAUGUAGAUGAGGACGAUGAUGAGGACGAUCAGUGGUUCCCUGUGCUCUCUCAGUCAUUUUGGGAUGAUGAUGACUUGAUAAAACCUAGUGGGAAGGAGAUGCCAAAAGAAACCAAAUCUCAAGAAAUCAUUCCUAAACCGGGUCCCAGUGGUAUUAAUGUUACUCCAAGUUCUGACACUCAUAUCAGUUCUUGGUGGCCAGAAUUAUCACAAGGAUUUGAUGACGAGGAGGAAGAGGAGUUUAAUUCAGAUACCAGUGCAUCUGUUGAGGAUUCUAAAGCCAGAAGUACAGGAAAAAGUUUAGAUAGUGUUAUUGAAAAGUUCAAGAACAGAGGUGCCCGGAAAGCCCAACUUAUUGAACCAAAAGCACCUUUGCCUCGUACAAGUAAUGAUUCUUUACGGAAAAGAAGUAGAAGUAGUUCGGGUUCAAAUGCGGACAAAGUCAAGGCCAAUCUUGUCCGUCCUUCACCCAAAGAAAAACAGCAUACUACAGCAAGAAAGGAGACUAGUGAAUCUUGUUCAAAAAGUAGUUCCAGGAAAAGAAAAAAAGGCCCAAGUCUUCGAGAUAACUUGAGUAAUAAGUUUAACCUGGAUUCUUAUAGAGCUCUAGCAAGGCAGCAGUCAAAAGAGAAAGAGUCGCCUCAUGAAAAAACUCGAGAUUCUAGAACAAAAGUAACUGAGCAGACAAAGAAGUCACAUCUGAUAUCAGAUAAACCACGUAGUGAUGAGAACAUUUCAAUUCAGAAGAAGACAUCACAUCAAGAAAGUAAAGAGCAGUCAAGGCCAAAAGUAGCGGUAAAAAUCACACGGAAGACUAGAGCAGAGAAACUCACAGAAGUUAAUCUUUUUCCUUCUCCACAACUACCACCCUCGAGGUCUAAGAGGUCGACAUUUACAAUACCCAAGAAAAAGGCCACUCCAGUUUCAGAAGCUGGAAAGCCCAGUGAAAGUCCUGUUGAAAAAUCUUCCAACACUCCUAAAGAUAGCAAAUUAUCAAAAUCACUUGAUCUUAAAGAAGGUUCACGGUCACCUCUUUGCUCACCAGUUGCUCAGUUAACAUCUAGUCAUUCACAAAAUGUGAGCAGUUUUACCAGAAGCGAAGUUAGAGAGAGAACACGCAACAGUGAGUCUGAAAUUGUUAGGUCAUCAGAUGAGAAGAAUGAUAACAGUGGUUGCUCAGCACCAGUUCAAACAGAGGCAAUUGUAAUGGGAAGUGAAGAGGAUAAAGAAAAUGAAGCUGGUGGUAAGACAGUAAAAAGCAUAUUGAAAAUUUUCGGGAGUAAAAAGUCAUUGAAAAAGAAUGUGCACUUUCCGGUAAGUAGUGGGGAGCUAAACAAGAUCAAAUACAUCUCACCUCGGAAGAAUAGUGAAAAACUUGGGCAUUUAGAGCCAAGAAUGAAAGAGGUCUUGCCAAGGGAACUCAUUUUUAGUAAACAUAAUAUUCCUCUAGAUUUCCCAGAUCAUUUUAUUGUCAAUGUAUGCAUGUGGAAUUAUGACUGGCUUGAAACAUACAGAAGAGUUCAGGAAAAAAUAGAAGUUUCUGGAAGAAACUGUACGAUAAAACCUCCCCCUGUUGUGAAGUCUAUAAGUUAUCCAACCCUUAUAUUGUACGAGUCGUUCCUGGAUUACAAAGAGAUAUUCAGUGACUUGUUUUAUCUAGAAGUAUGGGAAAAUAUAUUUAGAGAUUGGCAAAAGUACAGACAAAACAAUAUCUCAAUGCCUGUUUAUAUUGAUAAAGUAGAGGAAGUCUUUACACAAAGAAAGCAUGAAUCACCAAUGAAAUCGUGGAAUAUCAAGGUAAUAACUUUACUUACCCAAGACCAGAGUAAUAGAGGACGUCAUCCUGCACAAGGCUCGCUCAUUAGUUUGAAGGUUUCAAGGGAUUCAGAGAGGAAAAAGAGCCAGCAUGUCUUUGGUUAUGUUCAAGACCUGUUGAAACAAAAAAGAAGAAUGAUGCCUAAGGAGCUUGAAAAUGUACUUCCACACGCUGAGGCUGCACUUGUAUUGGAUAUAAGAAUAGCCAAAGAACCUGGACCAGAAUUGAGAUGUGGCAAUGUUUUGUCUCUGUGUAACAUAUCUUAUAUACGGCCAUUCACUCGAACUUGGGAAGGCUUGUGUAAACUUCCUCUCUCUCCUUUGUGCAAUGAUAUAUUAAGCCCCAAAGAAGACAGCUUCAUGCCCAAUCAUUCUGCAAAGUAUUUGGUCCCUGAGAUGCCCCUAAAUGAGAGUCAGGUACAAGCAGUCGUUAAAGUGAGUGCUAAAUGUGUAUAUGAUCCUCAUUUACCAAAACUCAGUCUCAUUCAUGGACCACCGGGCACAGGAAAGACACGAACAAUAGUAUCUCUAGUGGCUCAGAUAGUAAGAUUAAGUGAAGAGGCUUGUAUGUCAAAUUGUCGUAUAUUGUUAUGUGCUCCUUCUAAUGCUGUUGCAGAUGAACUUACAUUACGUUUGGUCAAGCUGAGAGAAAUAAAUAUUGCUUUACGAGUUGUUCGAGUUGGAAUUCGUGACAGCAUAACUCCUGAGGUAAGAGGUUACAGUCUUGAUGCAUUUAUAACGAAGCAUAUGAACAGAGAAUUAAAAACUCCCAAAAAUGUCUCUGCAAGAAAAGAAUGGGAACGGAAAAAAAAUAUGGUAAAUGUAGCAGGGAAAGACUUGGCAAAAGCCAAGAAAGAAAACAAGCCAAGAGAAGCAAUAAGGGCAAUGGAAAAACGACGUGAUGAUUUGAUGAAAUCUUUAUCUGAGAUGGAAAAGAGUUUUGCUGUUAACCUCACCCCAAAAGAACACCAGAUGUUGUAUAAAAAAUGUCAAAGAGACUAUCUCUUAGGUGCACAGGUCAUCACCACAACGCUUGGUGGAUGUUUUUCUGGACCAAUGGCAGAAGUCUUCACAGGAGUAGAUCAUCCUUUUACGAGCUGCAUUGUCGAUGAAGCUGGCCAGUGCAAAGAAACUGAAAUGUGGGUGCCUCUUCUUUACAGCAUGCGAAAGUUAGUGUUAGUUGGGGACCAUAGGCAGUUGCCAGCUACAGUCUUGUCCAAGUUAGCCCAAGAUAAGAAUCUGAAACAGUCCUUGUUUGAGAGACUGUAUCAUCGGUUUGUUGUGGAACUUCAAAAGGACGAACUUGUGCACACACUCGAUACUCAGUUUCGUAUGCAUCCAGAAAUUGUGCAUUGGCCAUCUGAGCACUUUUAUUUCAAUAAAUUGAAAACUAGUCCUGAUGUAAUACAAGAACGUUCUUAUGACUGCUUGCCGUAUGCUGUAUUUGAUGUGAAAAAUUCCUUAGAGCGUAGAGGACCUCGCAAUGAGCUUUUCAAUCCAACUGAGUGCCAUGUGGUUCGCCUGAUACUUGACUCUAUAGAACCUCAUGUAUCGAAACUCAAGAUUGGAGUCAUUACCCCGUACCAGUCUCAGAAAUUCCAUCUGGAGAAGGAACUUAAUGGCUUCUGUAAUCGGUUGAACAUCAACAUCAACACCAUAGAUGGCUUUCAGGGUCAAGAACGAGAUGUUAUAAUUCUCUCAUUUGUACGUGCAAAUCCAGCUUCCCAGAUUGGUUUUCUCUCUGAACCGCAGCGGCUGAACGUUGCCCUUACACGGGGGAGGAAGUCCUGCUUCGUUGUUGCAAGUCUGUCGUCGCUGUCCCAGAAUAAAGAUUGGCAGUCCCUCAUAUCAAAUGCCAGAGCCAGAAAUCUUGUUUAUGAGAUACAAGACGGCCACAUGAAUGAAGGAUAUUUUAAAUCUGUUUUAGUGAAGUGAGAUGACAUAUUUUAUAUAACAAAGCUUUAAGACUAAUCUCCAUUUGUAUUUUUGUGCUUUUUUCAGAUGGGUGCAAUGUAAGUGUUGCCUUUUAAUGUGACUUGGAAAAAAGGUCUUUAUUUCAGUAUAUUUCCUUCAUAUCAUAUUUAAAGUUUGUUGUCCAUCCAUAUUUCAACUUUUAUUAUUUAUUUUUCCAUUCCUUUACUUUGAAAGUUUGCAAAAUGUCUUGAAAAAACUUUCAUAUUUGUAGGUGUCAAUAUUUAUCAGUUAUAGUUACAGUAUUACUACUGUCCUUUCUCAUGAACUAAACUAUUUGAUGUAAAGCAAUAUCAUCCCCACUUCCAAAGAAUUGGUUCAACAAAUGAAUGUUAAGUUUGUGUAAGUAAAAGGUCAAGCGAAGUAACAGAAUCUUUUUUAAGUUGACAUGAGCAUCUGUUGCAUACCUAUAGUCUAGCUACAAACGGUUGAGACUCAUAUAAUUAGCAGCAUUGACAUGUUUUGUGUUUAGCUUUUUUACUGAUGGAUGGAGGGAGGUGGUAUGCAACCCCUUUUUUUUGAACUGUAAACUGUGGUUACUUCAUCUAAUCAUCCACACAAGGAAAUGGCAAGCAACACAUCUCAAAAAAAAAAAAAAAAAAAAAAAGGGCAGAUCUACCAGGUUAUCACCAUUUUCCCGAAAAGUUUGAAGAGCAUCAAGAAAACAUGGCAGCAGUGCUAAUUGCCUUCGAGUCUCAACCUUUUGUGGCCAGGCUAUAGUGGCUUAAGUACUACUUAUUUUUGAAUGUGGAACUAACAUUUUGUUCAAGGACAGUAAAGCUGAUUCUCCUACAAGUUCUGAAGAUCAUGUUCGUAACAUUUUGGUGCUGUUUUUUGUAAGCACCUGAAGUGCCUCCUGAUGACUAGUUAAUAAGCUCAUUAGGUACAGCUUUGAAUUGAAUGGUGCUGUGCACUAUCAGAUUUAUAUGUUGCCAAAAUGGUUAAGUUUUAAUUUACUACUAAUAUUUUUCUGUGUUUAUACUGUAUACUGUACUAUUAUAAUCAGUGUUUAAGGCAAAUCCUGAUUUUAAUGGUGGUAAAUAUAUUACCAUAGUUUCUUAUGCUGUGGAAUGUGAUUCAUGCAUGAAGUCUUAUUAAUUUAUUAGUAAAUUUUUUAUAUUUUUGCUACUUAUUAUAAAACUUGUGGAAGAGAUUUGCUUGUAAAUACCUAGGUUCGUUUUUGUAGUUACAAAGGAGGAAACCCAUUCUUAAUACUGUGCUAUAUACUGUUUAAUAAUUAGAAAAAAAAUAUGAGUGACAUAUACUACUUUGACAUAAACAGAGGAAUCACUUGGGUUUCUGUCAAAUCAGUAGCUCUUGAGGUUAGAAUAAAAUAUGGUAGUAUAUUUGUAGGUGUGUGAUACUGCCGAUUUCUUCUACAGUAUUAACUUAGGCAGGCAGUUACUGUGGCAGGAACACUGUUACAAAAUGUAAGAUAUUUGUAAGCUAUUGUAAAUACCGUCAUCAUUUUCUGUAAACUAAAUGAAAUAGGAUUCUGUCUGUGUGUAGUUUGAGACAACUUUGAGUACUUAUGUUCAGAGACUGAUUCAUGAUUCUUUUUCUCUUUAGUAUAUAAUAUAGUGAUGAUUUGAUGUCAUUUAUACUCUUGUUAACAAAAGUUACAGACUGGAAAUUAUACAAUUUAUUUGUGAA